UUGUAAGCGCACCUUAUCUUUGUUAUUAGCAUGUGAACGUUAGCUCGUGUUAGCAUGAUUUCACAACAUCAUGGCGAAGGGGUGUACUGUAACAGCUGACAUAAAAGCUGCAGCUCAAAUUUUUUCUCCAACAAACGGUGUCUGACCUUGUCUGCUGUCUGACGAGACGUAUURCAGGUUCGAUUCUUCUAGAGAGCAGGCAGUAGGUGUUGGUUUCUAAGCUAGCUAGCUGUUAGCCGUUCGCUUAGCUCGGACAAACUGAUUCAUUUAAUUUCAGGCUUGUCAGUAACGGGUUUAUAAAUGUCUGACACCGCCAAAAUGACUCUGCCGCCUGAGUGGGAUGACGAUGAGCGAAUGAACUUUCUGUUCUCCGAGUUCAAGGARAACCGAGAUGUCAACACCACGGACUGGGACAGCAAGAUGGACUUCUGGACAGUUCUGAUCACGAAGAGCUGCAGGGAACGUGGCUCGGUUUUGGUCAACUUGCAGGACCUCAACAAGACCUUCCGGAGGAAAGAGAAGUCCCCGCUGGGCUUGUCAACUGUCCUCCAGUCCAUGGCCAGAUGUGGGAAGAUCCAGAGRGAGUCCGAGUUUGCUGCCACUGUGGACUGUGGGUGGGUGUCCUGGAGUGUGGGCAUGCUGCUGGUGAAACCACUCAAGUGGACCUUCUCCACUCUUCUGGGAAGCAGCCGGGUUCCUCUGGAAGAGUGUUUUGUUGUUCUUGAUCUGGUGAAGGACAAAGCAGCAGAAUUACUCAGGGUUUACCAGAGCAGUGAAUUUUCAAGCUGCUCGGUUGUGUCGUUUCAAGAGCUCUGUUCUCUCUCGUCGAACAUCUGUGCCGAUGAGAGCACCCUCUGCAUGGCUCUCCUGCAGCUGCAGAAGGACAAACAGGUCAUUGUUUCCUUACACGAAGGAGAGAAGAUUGUUAAGUUUUGCCAGCCUGGACAGGACCGUGUGUCCCCSCUCAGCGAUGUGGAUAUUGGGGUUUACCAGCUGCAGUGCAGUGAGAAACUGCUGGGAGAGCGGGUGCAGAAACUGAGCCUGGAGGCUGACCGGUGCAAAGAGGACGCAAGAACUCUGCUGCGGGAAGGGAGGAAAUCACAGGUUAUUGUAACAGAAUUGCAAAACAGAAAAAGACAUCUUUAUAGCAGUUKGUUAAUUUGGUCAUUUUUACCAUGUGUCCCAAAGGCGCUGAGGUGUUUGAGAGGCCACAAGAGGGUGGAAAAGAGAGCCGACAACCUGUUUGCCAAAUUGGAGACUAUCAGAGGAAUUCUGGACCGAAUAGCUCAGUCUCAGACUGAUAAGACGGUUAUGCAGGCAUAUCAGGCCGGAGUGGCAGCCCUGAGGCUCUCUCUUAAAGACGUGACUGUGGAGCGAGCCGAGACCCUUGUGGACCAAAUCCAGGAGCUCUGUGACACACAAGAUGAUGUGAAUCAGACCAUCUCCAGUGGUGUGAUCACAGCAGAUGAAAACAUGGAUGAGUUGGAGGAGGAACUGAAGGCUUUGUUGGAUGAAUCAAAGCCAGACUUGCCUGCAGUUCCAACAAAUGGUCUGGGACCCUCCAGUGAGCCGUUCCUCAGCUCUCUGCCUGAUGUACCUCACGGUCACUUGAAUAUUUCUUCUGGCGAGCUGGAGGAAGACCUGAAUCGGUUAACGCUGUCAGAUACAGGCUUUCAGCAGAAGAAAGUGACGUCGCCAGGCAGGAGAAUGGAGCCGACACAGUGACGCUACAUCAACAUAUCCAGAAAAGCUGUAUCUCUUACAGUGGACAUGUUUUCAUUCAAAUAAAAAAACAUUGCUCUUAAUUAGAGAAAAAGAAAUCAGGUUACAAACAAGGCACUUUAUUUCCUUCUAAUUAAAACAGUUCCUCUAACGUAGAGGCAUGCCAAUUUGGACUCUUAUAUGACGUAUUGCACCUUUAUUUAGUUUGAACCGUGAUUAUUUUUACAGUUUGAAGAGUCAAGUCAAACAGGUAACUCUGCUGCUCUUCAGCAUGUUGGAAUGCUUUUAAAUCUGACAAAAAAAAUCAGAUAAAUCAAUGGUUUAUUGAGUGUUUGUUCAUAUCUGACACUAAGUGUGUUAAAGUGGCCUUCUAAAUUGUACAUAGGAGCUGAAAUAAYAAAGAGAAUGCCAAAUGAUUUAUUAUAACUGAAUAUUAUAAAUAUAUAUAUAUUGGACUUGGGAGGACUAAAGAACCAGACCUGAAGUGAAUUUAACCAAAUGUUUUCUUGAAAAUAAAAUUUAUUUUAAUCAGUUG